AUGGAAUCCGAGUACCGGCGACUGGCGGAUACUAUCCGCAACCAGGCCGAAGCUCAUCCCAAACCACGCUAUCUAGUUGCCAUCGCAGGCAUCCCCGGUUCAGGGAAGACCACCACAGCCGAGGCAGUAGUGCAACAGUUGAAUCAGAGCUCAACUUCCCGCGCGGCCCUGCUCUCUAUGGAUGGCUUUCAUCUUUCUCGGGCAGCUUUGGAUCAGCUACCCAACCCCAGAGAGGCACAUAUCCGUCGUGGAGCUCCAUGGACAUUCGACGUGAGCCGCUUUGUAGCUUUUAUCUCUCAGCUCCGCACCUGGGCCGAUGAAACACCGCUAGCAGAGCCAUAUUCUGGGACAUGGUUGCCAGCGGAUGUCAUUCGUGCACCGACAUUCGAUCACAAAGCGAAGGAUCCUGUCGAGAAUGGGAUCUCUAUUACGCCGGAUACAGAGAUCAUUAUCAUUGAGGGUAACUACCUGCUUCUUGAUGAUCCCGGCUGGCGUGAACUUGCCGGACUUGUCGAUUAUCGCGUCUUCGUCGACUCUGAUCCGCUAGAAGCAAGGAGCCGGUUGGCCGAACGCCACCUACGGGCUGGAAUUGAGAAGACGCUAGAAGAUGGAUAUCGCCGGGUGGAUAGUAAUGACUUCUUGAAUGGGGUCUCUAUUCGAAAUAAAUUGUUAUCCCCGGAUAUAGUUGUCAAAAGCAUGACAGAGGAUGGCAUAUGA